GUCAUCCUGGAUGCAGUGGCCUAACUCUGCUGCUUUACAGCGUUUUGACAGUGCAUGCUGACUGAACGAAAGCUUGUGUAGUUCAGUCAUUAGUAUGUUACAUUAUUGUAACAACAGUAGUUUGUAUCGUGGAUAAGCUGGGUUACCGAAUAGAGAUGUUUUGGGUCUCAGCAAGUCGGCGGGGAUGUGUCCAGCUUCUCCGCCAUAUGACACUCACAGCACCCUGCUGCCCUUUGCAUUCUUCAAGGUUCUUCUCCAUCUCUGCUCACUCCAAGUCUCAAACACAUGAAGAGGUUAACCCGCCUCUAAAGAAAUGGACUCUUAAGGUGAGCCCCUUCAGCACAGUACGCGCACUGCUCGGCUGCAGCAUUUCCGUCCGCCCACUGGACCCACAUACCUUCCCUGAAGCUGACCGAGCCUUCGUCACUGUGCACGGGACAGUCACCCCAGAGGAGGAGGAAGGUGGCCUGAAUCGUCUACAUGUGCGUUACGAUGAGCAGAGCAAAGAGCUGCUCAUCUCAGCCGAAAAAGUUCACAGCAGUUUGUCGAUUGAUGUGACUGCACCUAUCAAAAGCAAUGUCUCAAUCACUGCUCAAGGAAAAGGCAACGUGCAAGUGAGGAACAUGGAGUGUGAUAUCUGCAAGGUCCAAACAGAGAAGGGUACCUGUCUGCUGCACUCAAUCAGGAGUCACCAUGUUGAGAUCAGGUCACAGGGAGGACAAGUUACAGGUACAGGGACCAUCCAUGGCAAUGUGGACAUCAGCACUUCAGGAGACAGUGCUGUAGAUGUCAAGAAGCUCCAGGGCACCAGAAUGAAUGUUUCAACAGAGCGUGGUGCUCUGAAGGUGAAGAACAUCUAUGCAGAGUCCAGCUGUGUGUCCUCCUACUCUGGUAGAGUAGAACUGGGUCAUGUACACGGUUACGCCACUGUGAAGAAUGUGUCUGGAGAUACAGUUGUAGAUGGUUCAAAUUCUGCCCUGAAGGUUUCCUCACACAGCGGGGGCAUUGAUGUCUAUGUAGGAGAAGGUGGCAGUGCCGAACUCCACAGUCAGGAAGGAGCCGUGCGUGUGCGUGUGCCCUCCUCAUUGAAAGCUGGGCUGGAGCUCUGCGGGGCGUCAGUGGAUAUGAGCCCAGAGGUUGUUUUGCACAGAGUACAAAACAACACAACUGACGGCCAAACCACAGUCACUGGCUACAUAAAUACUGAGUCCCCAGUGGAGCAGAGGGUUAGAGCGCAGGCAGACAGAGGCACCAUCACACUGAAGACACAAAGCUGGUUUGAGUCCCUGAAGCUGGGGAACUGAGAUAUGCUGCAUCACUUACAGGGACUUAUGUUUACUGCUCCUCAGAACUGGAUGAACUUGAAUAUUAUACUUCUGAUUGGGGCAUUGUGUUAAAUUAUAUUUAAAAAGUAUUUAAUGUGUUAUAAAAGCCUGUGUAUACAAUGAGUUGGGAAAAACAAAGUGUCUAACUACACGCUAGUGUUGAUUUGUUCAGAACUGUCUUUGGUUUCGAAUGUAAAUGAUAAACUUCCUGUUCAAUUUUUCGAGUAUAAAUAAAGAAAAUGAUUGUGAGGUGAUACAUAUUUA